AUGGCCGUGGAGUCCAAGAGCUGCCCCGGGCAGAGGGAACAGAGUAGCAGUCCACGCGAGGCGCGGGAGGAGACCACCGGGAGGAGCGGGAAGAUGAGCGCUGAGCAUGGACAGCCGCAGCAGCCUGCGGGCCGGAGGGGCCGGAGUUCUGGAGACAAGAAGUCCAAAAAGCGUGGCCGGCGCAAAGAAACCUACUCGAUGUAUAUCUACAAGGUGCUGAAGCAGGUGCACCCCGACAUCGGCAUUUCCUCCAAGGCCAUGAGCAUCAUGAACUCGUUCGUGAACGAUGUGUUUGAGCGGCUGGCCGGCGAGGCCGCCCGGCUGGCCCAGUACUCGGGCCGAACCACACUGACGUCCCGGGAAAUCCAGACAGCCGUGCGCCUGCUGCUUCCAGGGGAGCUGGCCAAGCACGCUGUGUCCGAGGGCACCAAGGCCGUCACCAAGUACACCAGCUCCAAGUGA